CAGUUUUUUGCUAAAAAAAAAGGUUCAGUUUUAGUACUUUGGCUGAGCAAGAUGACUAGUGCAUUUAUUAUAUCUAUGAAAUUAGUUGGAGUAAUCUUUGUGGUGUUGCAGUUGCACCUUCUUUUGUUCAACUAUUGUGGAGCAGCAGCUGCAAAACAAUUCGGUUCCGGUGGUUGCAUAGCGAAGGAGAGACAUGCCCUCCUAAAGUUGAAGGCAAGCCUUGUGUUGAAUGAAACUCACCUUUUGUCUACUUGGGACAAUAAGAGUGACUGCUGUUCAUGGAAAGGAAUUGCAUGUAGCAAUAAAACUGGCCAUGUUGAAAUGUUUAAUAUAAAUGGCGAUGAGUUUGGUGCUUUUCGAGGCAAGAUCAACGCGCCAUUGAUGGAAUUGCGGCAUUUAAAGUACGUGAACAUCAGUUAUUUGAAUCAGUAUUCAAGUAAUUUCCUAGAAUUAGUUGGUUCUCUAAGCAACUUGAGAGUCCUUGUCUUUCGAGGUUCUUUCUUAAGUGGAAGAAUUCACAAUAGCUUUGCUCGUCUUUCGCACUUGCAAUAUCUCGAUCUUUCAUCUAACAGACUGGAAGGUGAAAUCCCUCAUCAAUUUGAAAACAUCUCUCAUUUGCAGCAUCUUGAUCUUAGUUCUAAUAAGCUUGUUGGAACCAUUCCUCAUCAACUUGGAAGGCUUUCAAAUUUGAAGCAUCUUGAUCUUGGUUCUAAUUUUCACCUGGUUGGAUCAAUUCCUCAUGAAAUUGGAAAUAUCUCUCAUUUGCAGCACCUUGAUCUUAGUUAUAAUAAGCUUGUUGGAACCAUUCCUCGUCAAUUUGGAAAACUUUCAAAUUUGCAGGAGCUUCAUCUUGGAUCCAAUGAUGGGCUCAGAGUUCAUGACAAGAAUAAUCAUGUUGGCGGUGAGUGGCUUUCUAAUCUCACUCUCUUAACCCAUCUCGACUUGAGUAAUGUACAAAAUCUCAAUUCUUCUUAUGUCUGGCUGAAAAUUAUUUGUAAACUUCCAAAAAUUGAAGAAUUGGACUUAUAUAUGUGUCAUCUUAAAGAUCUUUUCCUCUCCCAAUCAACAUUAAAUAUUUCUAUUUGGGAUAUAUGUACUUUACAGUCAUUGGAUGUUGGUUAUAACUAUUUCAAUGAAGACAUCUCAACAAUUCUUCCUAAAUUGUCUGGAUGUGCUAGAUACUCACUACAAGAUUUGAUGUUAUUUGGAAACCAAAUUACCGGCACAUUUCCGGACCUUUCAAUAUUCCCAAAUCUAAAAUCAAUAAACCUUUUUAACAAUAUGUUAAGUGGGAAGGUGCCAGAUGGUGAUUUUCCAACUAAAUUGGAGUCUUUGAAUUUUGGAAGAAACUCUUUAGAAGGUGGAAUUCCAAAAUCAUUUGGUAACUUAUGUUCUUUAAGGUCACUAGACCUAUCAACCAAUAUGUUGAGUGAAUAUCUUCCAGUGAUACUUCAUAAUUUAUCUGUUGGGUGUGCUAAGAAUUCAUUGAAAGAAUUAGAUUUGUCUAGCAACCAAAUUAUUGGCACCAUACAUGACAUGUCAAGAUUCUCAUCUUUAGAAACUUUGUACUUGGAUUCCAAUAAUUUGGAUGGUGUAAUCACUGACUCUCAUUUUAGCAACAUGACCAUGUUAAUGUAUUUAAACUUAAGUUACAAUUCACUGGAUUUGAUGUUCAGUGAAAAUUGGGUGCCGCCUUUUCAAUUGGAUAGCAUAAGUUUAAGGUCUUGUAAUUUGGGGCCUAGUUUUCCAAAAUGGCUAUGGAGUCAAGAAUAUCUUUUUGAUAUGGACAUUUCUAAUGCUGGAAUCUCAGAUGUAGUUCCAGUGUGGUUUUGGACUAAAGCAACAUAUACAAAUUUCAUGAAUAUUUCAUACAAUAAUCUCACUGGCACAAUUCCAAAUUUGCCCAUAACAUUUUCUGAAGGUUGUCAAGUAAUCAUGGAUUCAAAUCAAUUGGAAGGUUCAAUCCCACCAUUUUUUCGAAGUGCAACAUUGCUGCAGUUGUCGAAGAACAAGUUUUCUGAAAUUCGGUUGUUGUUAUGUACUAACACUACAGUUGAUAAAUUGCGCGUAUUGGAUCUAUCAAAGAAUGAAUUAUCAAGGCAACUCCCUGAUUGUUGGAAUCAUUUGAAAUCAUUGAAAUUUCUAGACUUGAGUAGCAAUACUUUGUCCGGAGAAGUCCCGUACACAAUUGGAUCAUUGAGUAAGCUUAGAGUAUUAAUAUUGCGUAACAAUACCUUUAGAGGGAAGUUACCUGUCUCCAUGAAAAAUUGUAGAGAAAUGAUUAUGCUAGAUCUUGGAGAUAAUAGAUUAUCUGGACCAAUACCGUAUUGGUUAGGACAAAAAUUACAAAUGUUAAGCUUACGAAGGAACCGAUUCUCUGGAAGUCUUCCAUUGAGUCUAUGUGAAUUAACAAACAUUCAAUUGUUGGAUCUCUCUGAGAACAAUUUAUCGGGACCAAUUUUCAAAUGCUUGAAGAAUUUUUCUGCAAUGUCUAUAAUUGUUUCCUCGGAAAGAACCAUGGACACUGAAUUAUUUUACCCAAUUGGAUUAAGAACUGGCCUUGGCUAUGAAGGUUAUGAUUUGGUUGCAUUGUUGAUGUGGAAAGGUGCAGAACGACUAUUCAAGAAUAAUGAACUCAUUUUGAGGAGUAUAGAUCUAUCAAGUAAUCAAUUGACAGGAGACAUUCCAGAAGAAAUAGGAAACUUGAUAGAAUUAGUGUCAUUGAAUUUAUCAAGCAACAAUUUGACCGGAGAAAUUACUUCAAAGAUUGGAAAGUUGACAUCACUUGAAUUUCUUGAUUUGUCAACAAACCAUUUAUGUUGUUCAAUUCCUCCUUCUCUAGCUCAAAUUAAUCGCCUUUCCAUGUUGAAUCUGUCUAACAACAACCUGUCUGGAAGAAUUCCAAUUGGCACGCAAUUGCAGAGUUUUGAAGCAUCAAGUUAUGAAGGGAAUGUUGGUCUUUGCGGGAAACCACUUGACAAAACAUGUCCAGGAGAUGAAGAAGUUGCACACCAGAAACCAGAAACACCUGAAGAAAGUAGUCCGGGAGAUAAAAAAUCAAUUUAUUUGAGUGUCGCAUUGGGAUUCAUCACAGGAUUAUGGGGACUCUGGGGAUCUUUACUAUUCAUCCGGACUUGGAGACAUAAAUAUGUCUUGUUUUUGAACAACAUAAUUGACACAAUAUAUGUGUUUAUGGUGUUGAAUGCAACUAAAUUUCAAAGGUGGCUUAGAGGCUAA